CAAUAUAAUUCACUCUCCUCUCUACUCCUAGCUUAAUUAGCUAGUCCGAUCCUCCUAAAGAAGAAGAAGAAGUUUCUCAGUUGUGACUUCUCCUAUACAUGAUCAAUAUGGACCGUCGACAACAGUUUCUCCCGCUAGUACUUGUUCUUCUCCUGCCCGUUUUAUGCUUCCAACCUUGUUAUGGCUCCUCGGUAACCCGACGCUUUCGUUUUAAUUUGGAGUGGAAGAAGGUGAAUCGUCUGUGCACUACAAAGCGACUCCUCACGGUCAACGGACAGUUUCCGGGCCCAACCAUCACCGUCAAUGAAGGCGACGAUGUUGAGAUCAAGGUCACCAAUCGCGUCGCCAAGAACACCACAAUCCAUUGGCACGGAAUAAAGCAAAAAAGAACCGGGUGGGCCGAUGGGCCGGCCUACGUCACGCAGUGCCCAAUAGGGAGAGGGCAAUCCUACACAUACAAGUUCACUGUGGCCGAACAAAGAGGGACCCUUCUUUGGCACGCCCAUUACUCUUGGCAACGGGCCUCCGUCUAUGGGGCUUUUAUCAUCAACCCGCGCCUUCCUUACCCAUUUAUCGCUCCCAAUCGGCCCAUUCAUGCUGAAAUCCCCAUCAUUUUUGGUGAGUUGUGGGACAAAGAAGUAGAUGACUUCGAAGCGACUAUGCUGGCGACUGGUGCUGGGGCAGCUAUCUCCGUUGCUUACACCAUUAAUGGAUUUCCGGGACCUCUCUAUCCUUGCUCCGCCAAAGAUACCUACACGGCGACGGUGGAAUACGGGAAAACCUACAUGCUCCGAGUCAUCAACGCCGCCCUAGGCGACGAGCUCUUCUUCUCCAUAGCCAAACACACCCUCACGGUGGUGGAAGUCGACGCCGUCUACACCAAGCCGUUCACCACCACCGCCAUCAUGAUCGCUCCGGGCCAAACCACCACCCUCCUCCUCACAGCCGACCAGCUUCCCGCCGACCCCACCGCCACAUUCGUCAUGGCCGCCACUCCUUACGUCACCUCCAUCUUCCCCUUCGACAACUCCACCACCAUGGGCUACCUAAAAUACAACACUACCGGCACCAGCGGCAAGGAUCGAACUCGUGACCUUUCAGUCAAACUUCCUGAGAACCUACCCAAAAUGGAGGACACGAAAUUCGCGACGACGUUUACUAACAAAAUCAAAUCACUGGCAUCGUCGCAGUACCCGUGCAACGUGCCCAAAACGAUCGAUAGGCGGGUGAUCACGACCAUCAGCCUGAACCUGCAAGACUGUCCCCAAAACAAGACCUGCACGGGCUACGACGGGAAGAUGUUCAUGGCCUCGAUGAACAACCAGUCCUUCCUCCGUCCCUCCACCUCCAUCCUCGAGACACACUACCGGACCGGGUUGGGAACCGGUUCGAGCGGUUUCCCCGAGCGGCCCCUGAGCAAGUUCGACUACACGGGCGGGAACGCCUCGACCAUGAACACGAACAUGGAGUUCGGGUCCAGGGUCAUCGUGGUGCCCUACGGCACCAAGAUAGAGAUCGUGCUGCAGGGCACCAACCUCCUCGCUCCCGAGAACCACCCGAUCCACAUCCACGGCCACAAUUUUUACGUGGUGGGGACCGGGUUCGGCAACUUUGACGAGUCCAGGGACCCGAAGGGCUACAACCUGGUCGACCCGCCCGAGCGGAACACGGUUGGGGUGCCGAUGGGCGGGUGGGCCGCGAUUCGGAUCGAGGCGGAUAACCCGGGGGUUUGGUUCGUGCAUUGUCACUUCGAGCCGCACACUUCGUGGGGACUGGCUACGGGAUUCGUGGUGCAGGAUGGUCCGUUGCCAUCCCAGCGCUUGCUUCCUCCGCCUAAAGAUCUUCCGGCCUGCUAAUUUAAUUAUUAUUAUUAUUAUUAUUAUUAUUAUUAUUAUUAUUAUUAUCAGUUUUGGACGAUUAAAGAUAAUAUCAUUAUGUUGUAAUAUAGGAUUUGACGUUGUGUACUGUUUGGUGCCGUAUUAGUUUUGAUGGAUUGGGCAUGUAAAUCGUCACCCUCGUGUCUUUUGUGGUGUAGAAUGUCUGUGUUGUCCGAAGGAGAAGACUGAGGACUUAUAAUGAAACUUACACUGUUCGCUUACAAUCAUCCAUUGUAUGCCUAAGGCUAAAGUCUUAAUUAAAGCACAAAGUAAAUAAACAUUACAGAAUUAAUCCUACACUAUCAAUUACAUUCAUACAAAUAAGUCCUGGGUCUUCACCUUCGGACAACAGUCGGGAUGAGGUAGCAGCUAUUUGAAAGUCUCGAUUUUUUUUAAUUACUAGCUAGCUUUGUUUAAAAGGGAGCGCAUACCGUGCAAAAUUCCCGGCCAGCAAAACCUACAAAAUCCGGUCAUAUCUUCGUAUCACGAUAUCGUGAUACGAUGAUACAAAGUAUAAUCGUGUUGUAUCAUCAUAUCACACAAGUCGUGAUACGACUGAGAUUUUGCAGAGUUUUGCAGGGUAGAGAUUUUGUAACAUAACCCAGGUCUUAUUUUAGUUGGAUGUACUUCCUUUUUUUUAAUGGCCAACUUAAUUGGACCCUACAAAUAUGAACAAAUUUAAAAAACAGUUAAAAAGAAGUGCUUCGAAAUUUGAAUUAUUGUUUUUUAAACUUUUUCUCAUAUAAUUUACUAAAUUUAGACACGAGAACGGGUUUAUUUUUGUGCCUUCUCCUAGCCCAGUCAGGACUCGAAUUCUCUUCUAAUCUAUUUUAUAAUGGCCCGGCCAAUGCGUAUAUGGCUUCUAUUCAUAUAGGUUGGGCUACAUUUUACAGGCCCACCGUUCGUGGAUAUUUCAGCAGCUCCGGUGGUUCAUGGUAGCCAAAAAAGUUACCUAGGAGGAAGGGUUAAUUACAUGGUUGGUCACUGAGAUUAUAAAAAACGUUCAAGUUUGGUCAUUCGAAAUAUUUAAAUUCAUUAGUGGUUCAGUUUAUUGAAACUGUUCAUGUUUGAUCACUCUCCGUCCAACUCCGUUAACUUUUGCUUACAUGGCGGUCAACUCUAAAAGUUGACCGUUAAAUGUGUGACGUGGCAAUUUAAAAUUAAUAAUAUUAAAUUUUUUUAAAAUUGUCACCUCAUUUCCACCUCAUUAUCACUUUUAUUUAAAAUAAAUAAAAACCAUAAUUUCUUCUAAUCCCGCAAUACCAAUACCCCGCCGUCGCUGCCGCUUCCAUUGUUGAAACUUCCCAGUCAAACUAAAUUGGGUUUGGGAAGGGGAAAGAUCUCUUCAUUUCCCAGUCCUGAAUCAAAUUCCACCCUCAGGAAGCAGAAACGGGAACAGCCGUGAGAGCUAGGUAGAGAAUUAGAGACCACUACUUGCCUCCGGUGACCUCCCAAGGCGGCUAUUAUCUCGUCAACGGCGAAGGCGAGCCAGAAUGGAGAAGAGAGCAAGACCUCCUUACAAUCCAAAUAGUUAAAGUCUCCUUCCUCUCAUCCCUCCAUUCUUCUCCGAUUCUUUUCUGCAUCCCUAGCUUCAAGUCCUCAACCUCCAUUUCUUCCGACGAUUUGAGCUAUGGGCGGCGGCAAUCGGUGGUUUAGGCUUGAGGUAAUGAACUUUCUGAUCCUUUCACUUUCUUCAUAUCACAUUUUCUCUCUCUCAUCUAGAAAAGAAGAUAGUAGGUAGAUGAGUAGAUAUGGAACUAUGGCGUUUGUAAUCGUGUGGUUGAUGAUUGGAUUUUCCGCAGGUGUAUCCUCUGUUCGCCGCGACGGGAGUUGUAGGAAUUUGCGCCUUUCAGCUUAUCCGCAACAUCUCCGGCAAUCCUGAAAUCAGGUCUACCUCUUUUCCUCACUAUUUACUGCUGUAUAUAAAUGUUGAAAUGUCUCCAUUGUCUCCGUCGACUGGUUUGCAGCCGCCGUUGGAUCUUUGGCCAAAACAGUUGCCUCGUCUUAGUCGCUUAUCUUCCAGAUGUAGUCUUAUUGGGUAUACGAAUAAUGUAGAGCUUGUGUUGAACAAGGAAAUUGUUAUUGCUUUUCAGAGGAAGAUUGGGGCUUGUUCUUGGCUUAUGUUGAUUUUGAGUUUCUUCUUGUUGAUAAUGGAUUGGCAGGGUGCCGGCGGGUAUUGGUAUUAGGGAGAUUAAAAGAAAUUAGGAUUUUUUUAUUUUUUUAUUUUAAAUAAAAGUGAUAAUGAUGUAAAAAUGAGAAGGUAAUUUUAAAUUUUUUAAUUUUAUUAAUUUUUUUUUUAAAUUGCCACGGUUAACUUUUAGAGUUGAUCGCCACGUAAGUCAAAGUUAACGGAAUUGGACGGAGAGUGACUAAACGUGAACGAUUUCAGUAAACUGAAAUACUACCAACGAAUUUAAAUAUUUCGAGUUACCAAACUUGAACACUUUUUUUUAAUCUUAGUGACCAACCUAGGAGGAAGCAAAGGCUGUAAAAAGCAGAGGAAAAAGGGAAGGCAAUGAACGAAGAAGCAGAAAAGCAGAAUAGAAUUCUCAAUUUUUC